AUGGGUCAUGUAAGUAACUGUAAACUUCAACUUCAAAUUCCUUCCCAUAUCCCUAAAUUUAAAUCAGUAGGUAUAUUGUAUCGUUCUAUCAAUUAUUUAUUUAUUUUUAUAAUACGAUGUUGGCAACACUGGGUCCUGAUGCCACUGUAGGGAGGGCAUGGUUGUCUUAGUGAGUCAGUCUGCCUGUUGCGGCCUACUCCUCAGGUCUGCUGUGGGCGUCCUAUGUGUUUUCUAUUUUUUUUACGUUUGUCGUUUAUUCAAGUUGUUACAUUAAAGAUUACCUAGUGCAUAACUAUAAAGUUGAAUUUGUUUAUUUAUCUUAUCCUGACAUCAUAAACUUUUCGUUGAAUAAUAGCCUAGAUAUUAAUCGCUAACAACGAUAAACUAGGAUACAAUCGUAAAAUAAUGUUAUGAAAAUUAUUACCUACUUAAUACUAUUAGGAAGAACAAGAACUAUCAACCACUCAGUUUCCCCCUGAAUUAAAGUGCCUAUAAUAAAUUAAAAUAAGUUUACGUUGGUCCUUACAUCUAUAUUUGCCGAAAUCACAGGAAUAAAAUUAAAAGAACUUUGGAAAAAGGGUAAAUCAAUGAAUAAGGAAAGAAAGAAAAAAAAAAUCAAUGCGAGAAAAAUAGAAAUGGGCGGGAUUUGUGAAACACUCAACGACUACUACAAACAAUACACACAAUACACAGAUUUUAUUAAAACUACAGAAGGUAAAGGUCUAAAAACCCGCUUAAGAGCUAAGAAAAAACAACAUAGAACCCAAAAUUGUGGUGACUCAAACGACUAUAAUGCAUUUACAACUUUCGCAAAGAAAAACCAAUUAAGGAGGACAGCAGGAGGAUGUGAUUUAAUCAAGCCUCAAAUAACAUCAGUAACCGAUCAUAAAUGUGAAUCAUUUGAAAAAUAUUUAAUUCAAUUUGGUGUAAAAGUGUGUUAUAAUUUUUUUAAAUAUAUAUUUAGUAUAGAUGAAAAAGAAAAAAGAAAUAAAUUUUCAAAAAUAUUGACUAGUUAUCUAAAAAGCCGUGUUAAAAAACAUGAAGCAAUCAAGGAAAAGGAACUCCAGGAGAAGGAUGCGUUAAAAAUUGAAAAAAAAAUAAAAUGGUACUAUAAAAUAUUCUGCAAUAAAGUUAUGCCACAUUAUAAUUUAUUUUACAUAUUUUAUACUAACUAUUCAGAGGCUAAAAAAUCUAAGGGUCAUACAAUUACUGCAAGUUGUGAUUAUUUUGAACGCAUACCUGAGAAUAAAAUAAACGGGUAGUUAACAAAUCAACCAUAAAUUAUAGAUCCGUGUUUAGGUGAAAAAACUUUUACAAAGGUAACAAUAUAGGCACAUAUUUUUAUGUUUAAUUUUUUUUUAAUUACAUCCUACAUGACUUAAUAUUAUGCAUUCAUUAUUAUAACAUUAACCGAGUUUCACUGUAAAAGUAAAGAGUAAAAUAAAGACAAUUAAUUACAUGAUAAUAUAUAUCUACUUUAUUA